AUGGAUCUUGACCUUGUGAUAAGGGUUGAUUCUCUUGCACCUCUUACGGAUACGAGUACCUCUCAUCAAAUGAGAGAGAUAGAAAAGUGGGAGAGGUCGAAUUGCAUGUGCAUGAUGAUCAUGAAGAAGGCCAUUCUAGAAGCAUUCAGGGGCACAAUAUCUGACAAGAUUACUACUACUGAGGAUUUCCUUGCGAACAUUGAAAAGAGGUUUGCCAAGAAUGAAAAGGCUAAAAUUGGUACACUCUUGAAGAGCCUAAUUUCAAUGAGGUGUAGGGGCAAAGGAAAUAUUAGGGAAUACAUCAUGGAGAUGUCUCAUCUUGCUUUUAAGUUGAAAGCACUUAAGGUUGAACUCUCGGAGGAAUUGCUAGUGCAUUUGGUUUUGAUUUCACUUCCAACACAGUUUAACUAG